UUCUUUCCCUGCUUGCGCUGCUUCUUUCUUCUUCCAUUUCUCCCCCGUCGGAGAAGCACCGGUAUCGCCAUCGAUGGAGGAGGAGAAAGCGGCGGCGUACUACGACGAGCUCACUCGGAAAGGCGAGGGAGCCGCGAGGUUCAAGCAAGGGCUCGGCUUCUCCGCCUCUAAUGACUCGGCCCCGCAUCCCUCCAGGGGAUCGGCCUUCGUCUCCGCUUCUUCCUCGUCCUCCUCUUCGUUCAUGAGCAACUUCGUCAAAGCAUCGAGCCCCACCAGAACCUCGCAGCUCGAGAAGCAGUCUCAGCUCGAGUCUAUCCAGAACAAGCUCAAGAGGAAGCCGGAUGAUGACGACAAGCGUCGGUCUAGGGUUUCGGAUCGGAACGACCGGGGAGAUCGCGGGAGUCGGAGGCACCGGUCGAGGAGUGCAGAGAGGGAGAGGCGGUCGAGGAGGAGAAGCAGGAGCACGGAGAGAGAUAGGUAUAGAGAGAAGGAGAGGGACAGGGAUAGGGAUAGGGAUAGGGAGAGAGAUAGGGAUCGCAGGAAGAGAAGUAGGAGCAGGAGCAGGAGUGCGUCGCCGCGGAGGUCCGGGAGGGCACGGGGAUCUUCUCCUCGAGAGAGGCGGAGGUCGGAGAAGAGUCGGAGUGAUUACAGAGAGAAUAGGGAAAUGGAAAGAUCGGGGAAGGCGCAGAAUGGCGGUGGAAAGGCGGUUGAUUAUUCGCGGUUGAUCGAUGGAUACGAUAAGAUGACUGCAGCUGAAAAGGUUAAAGCCAAGAUGAAACUUCAGCUUGCUGAAACUGCUGAAAAAGAUGAAUCAAAUGGAAUGGGCCCCGGCUGGGAAAGAUUCAAGUUUGACAAAGAUGCUCCACUCGAUGAUGAGGAAAUCGAAGCUGCUGAAGAUGAUGUAGCCCUAGUCAAGCAUAUUGGGCAGAGCUUCCGUUUUUCAGCUGUAGAGGCGAAAAGGGAGGAACAGCUAAAGGCUGCACAUGAUGAAGCCAUGUUUGGAUCCUCACAUACUUUACCAGUCGAAGAGCAGGAGCCCAAUGUGGAGAAUGAAAACAAGAGUGUUGAGAAUAUCCCUGUAGCAAGCCUCGUCAGCGAAAAGGUACUGGCUAGGCAACAAGGUUCAUGGCGUGACCGUGCUCGAAAAGCAUAAGUGAAAAAACAGGUCGAUGGAAGAAUCUGGAACCCUCCUUUUAUGGAAUUGCUGAGGAGAUGUGCUUUUGAAAAUUGGGAAGAUUUGGAAAGGAAUGUGGCGGGCAGAGUUUUCGGUGGCAUGGGCAUGGACUGGGAGACUGACCAGACUCCCUCCUAAAUUCUCAAGGUCUGCACGAAGGAAUGAAGCUGCAUGGUCCUCGGUGCUUUUCCCCUUCUGCAAUUACCUGGUGACCAUGACGAUAUAUUGGUUAGUGCUGUCAAGCUUUUUAAGGGUACAAUCGACGGUUGCAACCUGUGGAUAGUGUGAGCCGCCUGUCGUAUUGAAAUCUGAUUUUGAAGAUCGCUGUCUUAUUUGUAUAGCCAUCGGCCAGAUUAUAUUCCACCGGUGCUGUAACACAUAAGUCGAUCCGAUUCCUUGCAUUUUGGGAGCCGAUGUCAACUUGUCUUCUCCAUCGUAUCUACUAGAACAUUGGCAAAUGCUUGCGAAUCAUGCAUGUAACUUAAUACUUUAACUAUUCAAUGGAAUAAAUCUUGUACGAGA